AUGGGGAAUUCUCGGUCUCAAAGCAAUCGUGUACCAGACUAUGAUUUGUCAGAAAAUGAUGGACAAAUUGCUUCCGUCAUAUUGAAGCCACCUGAAUACGGUGAACACAUUAAUCCACAAUUCUAUUUGCAGUGUAAUAUAAGAAGCUAUAAGGAGCAAGAUUGCACGCCUGGAAAUCACUACCUGACAAUAGUGAAAAUUAGAGUUCGAGAGGAGUUGGUUCAAUAA